UCGCUUACUAUUUCGAAGUGCGGCCUUUUCACGGAUUCACCAUGCCAGAAAAUCCGGAAAACGUUACAAGUUGGGCCGAUCAGGUCGAAUUGACUGAAACAAGUGAGUUACCUCCGCCAGAGGACGACUACAAUGAACGGACUGGAAUCAAGACUAACACCGAGUACAAGUAUGAUGAUGAUGGAAGAAAAGUGAAGGUGGUGAAAACCUACAAAGUGGAGGUUAGGAAAGUCUCAAAAUCAAUCGCUCGAAGAAAGGCAUGGAAGAAGUAUGGCUUGGCUGCGAAUGAUCCCCCUGGACCUAAUCCGUCCAACACCAUCAUCUCUGAAGAUGUAUUCAUGCAAUGGGUUCACAACAAGGAGGCGCAACUAACGGAACAAGAUGAUGACCCGCUGGCCAAGCUGAAGGGACAGAAGAUUGUGGCAUGUAGGAUCUGCCGCGGUGACCAUUGGACCACAAAGUGUCCUUACAAAGAUACACUGGCCCCUCUACAGGAGACAUUGGGUGAGGGUGAGGUGCCAGACGGCACGACCGGAGACAAAACAGAUGGCGCAGAUGCUGGGGCCGCUGCUAUGGGUUCGAAAACGGGAAAAUAUGUGCCGCCUAGUCUAAGGAAUGGUGCCAAUAGGGGGCGUGGAGAAUCAAUGCAGAAGCGAGAUGAAAACGCCACGAUACGAGUGACCAAUCUUUCUGAAGACACAAAGGAGACCGAUCUACAAGAUCUGUUCCGGCCGUUCGGUGGAAUAUCAAGAAUUUAUUUAGCAAAAGAUAAAUACACCGGACAGUCAAAGGGCUUCGCUUUCAUCAACUACAUCAAAAAGGAAGAUGCGGCUAGAGCGAUAAACUCUGUGUCAGGGUUUGGUUAUGAUCAUCUCAUCUUGAAUGUUGAAUGGGCAAAGCCAUCAACAAAUGCAACUUAGAAGUAGCCACAGUGAAGAAUAUCAAUGAAGGGGAAACUCUUUGACAUUCCCUUGAAUAGCUUUGGUGGAUCUUUGAAUACGAAGUUCAACAAGCCAGCAAGCUCUAUUAAUAUAGGAAGGAAUUAUAUCUUGAACUUUCCAUCAAUUUGGGACACUUCAUUGAGCUUGAAGAGUGAAUACUGUUAAUGUACAUGUAAACAAGUUAUUGAUAAGUGAAUUUAGAAGUCAUGUCUUGGUUGCUCUGUCGUAAACCACCGUGUUCACUCUACAUGUAUGUACUACAAGUUAUUGUGAAAAAUAUAAUUGGGUAUGGAAA